AUGUUCUUCACUCGCAAGUUGUUGGCCACCGUGCCGUUCCUCUUGCUCACUGCAUCUGCGGCUCCGCAAGAUUCUGCGGCAGCUGCAGCUCCACCGAGCAGGCCCGCUGUCAGCUCGACGAACUGCAAUGGCAAGACAUAUGUCUAUGAAGAGCUAGCUGGAUACGGCUUCGUGGAAGACAACGCGAGAGAUCGAUUUGGUGAUACCAUUGGUGGUAUCGGGUCGAGUAUUGCUGUGGAUAGACGGUCUUGGGUCCGUCUUCCAGGCAACCGGUACACCGGACUUCUCUACGCACUGCCAGAUCGCGGAUGGAACACGGAGGGCACACUGAACUACCAGAACCGCAUCCACAAGUUCUUGAUCACUUUCCAGCCCAACGCUUCAGCAUCAGUCUCGAGCCCUGCGCCACCAAACCUGCAAUUCAGGUACCUCGAUACUAUCCUCCUCACAGAUCCUGCUGGCAACCCAGCUGUAGGUCUCGAUGGCGGCGCCAUGGGACCAUACCUCACCUACCCAGGCUAUAACUUCUCCUUCCCCUCAGCAAACUACACUGGCGACGGCUUCGGUGGAGCCGGAUCAGGUGGCUAUCGGCUUGUGAUUGACGCCGAAGGCCUUGCACUUGGCAGUGACGGCACUUACUGGAUUAGCGACGAGUAUGGCGACUACACUUACAACUUCUCUCCUUCUGGCCGCAUGAUCGGUGCCAUCCGUCCCCCAGAUGCUUUCAUCCCGCAGCGUAACGGAGCUCAAUCUUUCAGCUCUGAUAACGCCCCACGAUACAACCCAGACCUUCGCCCCACUCCACGCAACCCUACUAGCGGCCGGGCCAACAAUCAAGGCCUGGAAGGACUGAGCAUCAACCCACAAGGCACAAAGCUUUACGCCCUCACACAAUCCGCUCUUCGUCAAGACAGCGGCUCUGGCAACCCUUCGACCCGCAAUGCCCGCUUUCUCAUCUUCGACAUCUCAGGUCGUAACCGACGCUCUCCUCGUCUCGAAGCCGAAUACGUCGUGCAACUCAACAACGUCCGUCCCGGUGACGCAACCUCCAACGUGGCUCGUCAAAGUGAGAUCCACUACAUCAGCCCAACACAGUUCCUUGUCCUGGCCCGUGACUCCAACGCCGGCCGCGGAGCAGCAAGCACCACCAGUGUCUACCGCCAGGUCGAUGUCUUCGACAUCUCUCGCGCGACAAAUAUCGUUGGAACAUACGAUUCUACCACAGGCUCCGUUGCUCCUGGUGGCGUGCUUCUACCAAAUGUCACUCCCGCCCAGUACUGCUCUUGGUUGGACUAUAAUGUCAACAGCCAGUUGAAUCGAUUCGGAGUCAGGAAUGGUGGAGAUCAGAGCGAUGGUUUAUUGAAUGAGAAGUGGGAGUCUCUGGCUUUGUUGCCCGUGAACCCACUUAACCAGGGAUCAGAUGGCGAGUUCUACAUUCUGUCGUUCUCGGACAAUGAUUUCAUUACCCAGGAUGGAUACUUGAAAGGCGGAGAGUUCAGGUAUAGCGAUGCCAGUGGCUUCAGCUUGGAGAACCAGGCUCUGAUCUUCAAGGUGAGGAUCCCAAGAGGUGAGAGGCCUCUGAUCGGAUAAAUAAAAUGUUUUGAACUGCAGAUGUUACAUGAGUUUGUGUAUAUAUGCUGAUGACGACGAUGACUUUUACCUAAUCCAACUCCUGCACCCAACA